CCCCAGAAUCCAAAAAUGAACAAAAACAUGUUCUCUUUUUGUUCGCUUGGUUGGGGACCCAUAUUGGUGUCACAUGGGCGCAAAGCGCUCAUGAAAUGCACCUGGAUCCUGAUGUGGAGACCGAGGGGCUCCUGUCUGCGCCGGGCGCGCGCACCGCGACUGUCCAGUCGCGUGGCUCAUCAGUGCCAUGCCUGCGGCUGGCACCAGCCCUCGUCGGCUUCGUAUGUGUAGGCGUGCUGGCGAGCGCAUGGCGACACGCUGCUCGCAGCGGCGCCCAGCGAACGCUUUUGGGUGAAGUGACUUCGACCCGCUGGUGUAACCACAGUGCGCCGGUGCUUUCAUCGGCUUCUCGGAGCUUUCACUUGAGCGACGCCUGGCAAACGCGCUGCGCCGUCUCUCCAGAGGUGAAGACCGAGACGUCUGCCUCGAGUCUUCGGGAGUUGGAGACCGGACCGGCGUCCGGAGCUAAGCAGCCCGACUGGUGUUGGGAGUUCAUGAAGCACGAGGGAUGCUAUGCCAGUCACGGCUUUAGUACCUGGUUGCAGAACCAGCAGAAGGUCUUUGACCUUGGUUGGGCACCGGACCCCAGCGAGGAGAGGAUGGAUGCCCUACAGCAGCCCUUCCUUUGUGAAGUGGCAGCCCAUGGACGCUUCUCUACCUUGGACCGUGCGCCGAGGGCGGUGAGCGCGGAACUGCCAGGUGCAAUGUCGAUCUAUGUGGUAAGCCUGGCCGAGAGCGGAAGGUUGGAGAUGACCCGAGCUCGUUUGGAGGCGCUGCGGAUCCGCUUCCGCCGCGUCGACGGCGUGGACCUCACGCGGCCGGGCGCCUUUGCCGCCGCCAAGGCCGAGGACCUGGUGUCGCUGCCACCGGACGUCGGGCAGCAGGGCACCUUCGGCUGCGCAGCCGCCCACUUCCGCGCCAUGAAAGAGGCGGAGAAGAGCAGGAAGCCAUUGGCCUUGGUGAUGGAAGAUGACAUUUAUCCUCACGAGGACUUCUUUGGGCACUUAGCAGCAGUGCUUCAAGAGGCGCCCUGCGAUUGGGAGGUGAUCUCCUUAAAAUCGCGCUGUCCAUAUGGCCGAUGUGUGUCGAAGCAUUUGUCCCGUGUGCUUCCAGAUGGGAACGGAAGGGCGAACAAACGCUGCAGCGGGGUGAACUUCGGCUUCUUUGCGAUGCUCUACCGGGUGGAAACGCUGCCGAAAGUGAGGCAGGCCCUGUAUCGAGCCGUUUGGGAGCAAGAAUGCUACGAUGUGGAUGUUGCGUUGGCCAGCAUCUCGGAUCAGAUUGCCUACUAUGCAAUUCCUUCAAUUCAGGAGCCAGGUUUGAUCCAUGAGAUGGACUUUGGCUCUAUACGAGAGGCCAAGAACAGAGCGCCUCCGCCACGAGAAUGACAAGACGUCAGUCUCGGAGUUUUAAGCAAACCUGGCAAGAAGAACUUGUCGCUUGGCACAUUCUGCUGAAA